CGGACGUGCCCAGAAGUUACUGCUUACAGAAAACAGCAAACUGAAACUGGAGAUAGAUAGAAAGCCAAACGAACCCUAUUCCCCAACUGCCAGUAAUCUCCUCCGCCUCCACUCCGCCGCAGUGUCUGCACAGAAGAAACAAUGAAGAAAAUGAUAGCUCUUGGAUUUGAGGGAUCAGCCAACAAGAUUGGGGUUGGUGUUGUAACCUUAGAUGGCACCAUUCUCUCCAAUCCACGUCACACUUACAUCACACCACCCGGCCAUGGGUUUCUGCCCCGAGAAACUGCACAGCAUCAUUUCCAACAUGUUCUUCCCUUGGUCAAAUCUGCAUUGAAAGAAGCCCAAGUAAUGCUGGAGGACAUUGAUUGCCUCUGUUACACUAAAGGUCCUGGCAUGGGAGCGCCGCUUCAGGUCUCCGCCAUUGUGGUCCGGGUUCUCUCACAGCUCUGGAAGAAGCCCAUUAUCGCAGUUAAUCACUGUGUGGCCCAUAUUGAGAUGGGUCGGAUAGUGACGGGUGCAGAUGAUCCUGUUGUGUUGUAUGUAAGUGGUGGGAACACACAAGUUAUUGCAUAUAGUGAAGGGAGAUAUCGCAUUUUUGGAGAGACUAUUGACAUUGCUGUUGGGAAUUGCUUGGAUCGAUUUGCUCGGGUUUUAACACUCUCCAAUGACCCAAGCCCUGGAUAUAACAUUGAGCAGCUUGCCAAGAAAGGUGAAAAGUUCAUCGACCUUCCUUAUGUUGUUAAAGGAAUGGAUGUUUCUUUUAGUGGAAUAUUGAGCUGUAUUGAAGCAACAGCUAUCGAGAAGCUUCAAAAUAAUGAGUGCACCCCUGCAGAUUUGUGCUACUCACUUCAAGAAACAUUGUUUGCCAUGCUUGUGGAGAUCACCGAGAGGGCAAUGGCUCAUUGUGACAAGAAAGAUGUUCUUAUAGUUGGUGGUGUGGGUUGUAAUGAGCGCUUGCAAGAGAUGAAGAGAAUAAAGUGUUCAUAGCGUGGCAUUUCCUU